CGGGCGCGGGCCGGGCCGGGGCCGGGGCCAGGGCCGGGGCACCUCGGCCGCUCGGGCCGCGGCGGCGGGGACCAUGCCGAGGAAAGUCUCCUGAGCCCGGCAACUUCGGCCCCUCCCCGCCCCCACCCGGGCUGCCCUCCGCGCGGCCCUGCCCAUGUGCAGCCGGCCGGCCGGGCUCUCCUCCUCGCAGGCGGAUGGGUGACCUUUUCCUGGCACGGGCAGGCUGUGCGAGGCGGCGGAGCAGGCGAUGAAGAAGAAGCAGCAGCAGCAGCAGCAUCCCGGCGGCGGCGCGGACCCCUGGCCCCAUGGGGCCCCUCUGGGGGGCGCCCCUCCGGGCCUGGGCAGCUGGAAGCGCCGGGUGCCCCUGCUGCCGUUCGUGCGCUUCUCGCUCCGGGACUACGGCUUCUGCAUGGCCACCCUGCUGGUCUUCUGCCUGGGCUCCCUCUUCUAUCAGCUCAGCGGGGGACCCCCUCGCUUCCUGCUCGACCUGCGGCAGUAUCUGGGAAAUUCCACUUACUUGGAUGAUCAUGGACCACCUCCUAGUAAGGUGCUACCUUUUCCGAGCCAGGUGGUGUACAACAGAGUAGGCAAGUGUGGGAGUCGUACUGUGGUCUUGCUUCUGAGAAUCUUGUCAGAGAAGCACGGAUUCAAUUUGGUCACGUCAGACAUUCACAACAAAACCAGGCUUACUAAAAAUGAACAAAUGGAACUGAUUAAAAAUAUAAGUACUGCCGAACAGCCCUAUUUAUUCACUCGACAUGUUCAUUUCCUCAACUUCUCAAGGUUUGGAGGAGACCAGCCUGUCUACAUCAACAUCAUUAGAGACCCUGUCAACCGGUUUUUAUCUAACUAUUUUUUCCGCCGAUUUGGAGACUGGAGAGGGGAACAGAAUCACAUGAUCCGCACCCCCAGCAUGAGGCAGGAGGAACGCUACCUGGAUAUCAAUGAGUGUAUUCUUGAAAACUAUCCCGAGUGUUCCAACCCCAGAUUAUUUUACAUCAUUCCAUAUUUUUGUGGACAGCAUCCCAGAUGCAGGGAGCCUGGUGAGUGGGCCCUUGAAAGAGCAAAACUGAACGUGAAUGAAAACUUCCUGCUUGUGGGGAUUCUUGAAGAGUUGGAAGACGUGCUGCUUUUACUGGAAAGAUUUUUACCUCAUUACUUCAAGGGUGUGCUCAGUAUCUACAAAGACCCAGAGCAUAGGAAACUUGGAAAUAUGACUGUGACCGUGAAGAAGACUGUCCCCUCCCCCGAGGCCGUGCAGAUUCUCUAUCAGCGAAUGAGAUACGAGUACGAGUUCUACCACUACGUCAAAGAGCAGUUCCACCUGCUGAAACGCAAGUUUGGACUGAAGUCCCAUGUCAGCAGGCCCCCCCUGAGACCCCAGUUCUUUAUUCCAACCCCACUGGAAACCGAGGAGCCGAUCGAUGAUGAGGAACAAGAUGACGAGAAGUGGCUAGAAGAUAUUUAUAAGAGGUGAUGCCAGCACUGUGUUGCCUCCACUAGCUUUAUCUCCCUUUUCCAGAAAGUUUUUUGUUGGGGGAAGAAAAAUCCUUAAGGGACUAAAUUAAUGCUCAGUUGCAUUAAAAAGAACGAAACAUUCCCACAUGUUGGGGUCAUUGGGAGACACCCGGUUUUGCGGGUCUUUCUUGUUUAACUGUAUUCUGGGUCUUCUGGUUCCUUGGGUCCUUCCCAGGUGCACUCGAUGGCACCAUCACCCUGCAGUUCAUCAUAACAUAGCUUUUCCCCCUCUAGUGUAAUGAGAGAGGAGGGGGAGAAAUACUGCCCAUAGCCCAAUAAUUUGUCAUUUGUAAAAUGACAUCUUGUAAAGAUGCUACCUCAGUGGUAGGAAACAUCCAGACUUACAUAAUUGGGUAGAAAUACAAAACCACUUCAGAGACCAGGGAGUCCACUCUAGGAGGGUCUAAGAGGAGAAGGUAAGACUGAUAAGGACCUCAAAAGGGAGGCUUGUCCCUGGACCAGUGGUUUCCAUCCACGUGGGUAGAAUUCUGCCUCUGGUCCGUCUCAGGGGACACUUCCACCAACAGCGUACUUCUGUCUCUCAAAGAGCAAGUCAGCUUGUGCCACACCCCCAACCAGUCCGGAGCCUUGAGUACUUCUCAAGGUCAAGGUGCAAGGCAAGCUCCAUUGAGACACUCCAUUUCCAAGCACCAUUCUGACAGGUCUGAAAGCAGCAUAGCAGGGAAAAGAAUUUGUUUGCUGUGUCAGGAAGAGCGUAGGCAAGACAGAGCAGCACUGGAGGCCACGUGACGUCAGAAAACAGGCACGCUUGUGUUCUUUGCACCCAACAUGCACCGUCUCUCUCCCCGGCUCUGCUUUCACUGGAAACCCAGGAACCAGUUCAGCUCUGGCAUUUGUCUCCCGGGCAGAAGAUCUAAGCCUGACCACAGACAGUGCAGAGUCUCUAACCCCUGGCCAAGCCAGGUCCCACCGUAUGGCGUCUGUCACCUUCCGGUCCCUUGAAGGGUACCUGGUUUUGGUCCAAAGGGGUGCUGAAUUCUACUCAGGUGGCAGUGAAACUACAGCUCCCUUUCUUAUGGAAGUAGCUCUUUCUGAGAACGCUUAUUAAGACAUUAAGGAGACACGAAGCAAGAGCUUCUGGUAAGAGCCUGCCUGACCAGCCUCACGAGUCGGCGUCUGGCCCCAGAGUGGUCUGCGUAGCUGUCGGGCAGAUCUGUUACUUCAGAUAUCUCUCCUCCCCCUUCCUCUCCUGUCAUCUGCCACCAAUUCAUGACCCCGUGGGUCUUUGGAACUGUUUUCAUCUUUUAACUGCUCCCCCCAGCCCCGGAUAUACAUAGAUUUCUGGGCGGAUAACAUACAGCCAGCUGAGAAGCAGGGGUGCGGGGGGUGGGGUGGUAGACAGGAUACAUGCGACAGAUUUUGUCCCCUUCACAUUUUCUCCCCUAGAGCCAGCCCUUCAAGAGCACUAGCUGAGUGUGAGCUGAGAAUACUUGCUAGUAAACAAGACUGACUUUACAGAAGCUACACAUUUUCUACUUUUCAGAAACCAACAAGUCUCUCUAGAGUUUUUUCUUCGUUCACUAAAAUUGGACGGUAGCCAAGAUAUAAAGCAAGUCAUUGGGAACCUGUCGAAUGUGCACUAGAGCUACUUUAUCACGAGAUGUGUUAAGAAAGCUCCACCCCACAGGAGUCCAGUGAAGGCUGGGACCACAGAGGCACAAAGUCCAGCAUUUGGCCACUGGUGGGCCUCCGUUCUGCCUCAGAACACUGGGGCUGACACGUGAUUAAGAAAAAUGUUCUUAGAAGAGGAAAUAGCCUUUGUCCUGUGUAGAGAGACCAGGGCCUUACCAUUAGGCACACCUUAAGAAGCCACCCAGAGAACAGCUGUCCUAUCAAAAACAAAAAUAAGAACGGUGCCCAGUACGUUGUGAGCCAUUUCUAUGAAACUGCAUAUAAAGAAUGAUUAUUAGUUUACACACUGUGCAGGCUCACUCUCUGCAAACAAAAUGGAACUGGCUUCAUGAUCUCUGC